AUGAGAAUAGCAACAGAAAGAAGCAAAACAGAGAAGCAACAGAAGAAUGCCACAAAGUACCCCACAGAGAAGCAACAGAAGAAGGAACAAAGAGCAACAGAAGAAGCAACAGUAGAAGCACAGAAGAAGCCCAACAGAAGAACAUACAAGAAGCAACAGAGAAAAGCAACAGAGAAGCAAACAAAAGAAGCAACAGAAGAAGCAUACAGAAGAAGCAACCAGAAAGAAAGCAACAAGAGAAAAGCUACAGAAGAAAGCAAAGAGAGAUCAGAAGAAGCAACAGAAGUAAGCAAACAGAGAAAGCAACAGAAGAAAGCAACAGAAAGAAGCCACAGCAGAAAGGAUAGCACAGAAAGAAGAACAGUAGAAGCACACGGUAAGAAGCAACAGAAAGCAAUCAUGAAGAAAGCAACAGACAAGAUGCACAGAUACAGCAACAGAGAAGCAACAGAGAGCAAGAAGAAGCAACAGAAGAAGCAAUCAGAAGAACAACAGAAAGCAACAGCACAAGAAAGACAGCAACAAAAAAGCACAGAGAAAGCAACAGAAGAAGCAAGAAGAAGCACAGAAAAGCAACAGAAGCAAGCAACAGGAAAAGCAAACAGAAGGAAGCAACAGAGAGAAGCAACAGUAAGUAAAGCAAACAGAGAGCAACAGAGUAAAGCAAUCAGAAGUCAGAUAAGCAAAUACAGAGAAGCUAACAGGAAGAAGCAAUCAGAGAAGCAACUAGGAAGCAACAGGCAGAGAAGCAACAGGAAGAAGCAACAAUUAGAUAGCAUAUCAGAAGAAGAAGCAACAGAGAGAAACAGAAGAAGCAACAGAGAAGCAACAGAAGAAGCACAACAGAGAAGCAACAGAAUAAGCAAC